CCGGAGUACGGGCGGCGGCCGGUGGGGCCGCUGCGCACGGCCGUGCGCGAGGCGCUCGCCGUCGCGUCGCCGCGGCCGAAGCGCGCGCGCGCGAACGGCGCGCCCGCGGCCUCGAUGAACGACGGCCUCCGCGGCGCCUACGCGGCGCAGACGCGCGGCGGCGGCGGCGGCGGCGCGCGGCGGCGCGCCUCGCCGCGCGCGGGCGGCGCGGCGCCCGCGGCCGCCGGCGCCGCGGAGGCCGCGCGCGCGCCGGCGCCGGCCGAGCGCCUCGAGGACGUCUUGGGUGCUGAGGCCGCCGUCGCGGCGAUGCGCGAGGCCGUCGUCGAGCCGCUCGCGCACGCGCGGAGCUACGCGGAGCUCGGCGUCGACGGACCAAGAGGUGUAUUAGUGCACGGCCCGCCGGGCUGCGGCAAGACGUUUCUGGGUCGGAGCGUCGCGGGGAGCGCCGCCGCCGACGUGCCGGGCCUGGCCUACUUCGAGGUCGCCGCGCCCGAUUUGGGAAGUGGCCCCGAGGCCGAGCAGCAGCUCGCCCUGUUGUUGGAGAGCGCCCGAUCAGCUGCGCCGGCGUUAGUGCUGCUGGAUGAUUUGGACGCGCUGCUCGGGACCGGAUCUGAUAAAAAGGGCGGCGAGACGCACGCGCGGCGCCUGUCGAGCCGUUUAUGUGGCUUGUUGGACGCGCUGCCGUCGACCAAGAAUGGAGACGCGGCCGUCGUCGUGGUCGUGGCGACGUCACGCGAGGCCGACGCCGUGGACGCGAGAUUGAGGCGCUUCGGGCGCUUCGAGCGCGAGGUCGGAGUGGGUGCGCCCGAUAAAGAAGCGCGCGCCGCGCUGCUCGAGAGGCACCUGCCCGCGCGGCGGUCCGGAGCCAUCGACGUUGAUGGGAUCGCCCAGAAGUGCCCCGGCUGGGCCGGGGCCGAUAUCAUCCAGCUCGCGAACGCCGCCGGCGCGGGCUGCGUGAGACGGGGCGGUGUGGUGGACGGCGUCUCGCAAGCCGAUGUGGAGGCGGCCCUUUCGAGUGUCGCGCCGUCCUUCAUGCGGAGCGGCUUCGCGAAGCGGCCGGAGGUCGACUGGAACUUAGAUGUUGGUGGCAUUAACGACGUGCGGGAAGCUUUACGGGCCUCGAUAUUAGCUCCGAUCCGCGACCCGAAACGGUUCGAAGCCCUCGGCGUGCCGCUGCCGUCCGGCGUUUUGUUGUACGGGCCGCCCGGCUGCGGCAAGACUUUGGUGGCGCGCGCCGUCGCGGCGGCGGCCGCCGCCAAUUUUAUAUCCGUGAAAGGGCCCGAGUUGCUGGAUAAAUAUGUGGGAGAAUCCGAAAGAGCCGUGCGUUCAUUAUUCGCGCGCGCGCGCGCGUCGGCGCCGUGCAUUAUACUCUUCGACGAGAUCGACGCCCUCGCGCCGCGCCGCGGCGGCGGGCCGCUCGGCGUGUCCAGCGGGACGUCGUCGGAGGCGAGCGGCGUCACGGAUAGGGUGGUUAACCAGCUGCUCACGGAGUUGGAUGGGCUCGAGUCAAGGGGCCGCGUUUAUGUGGUGGCGGCGACGAACCGGCCCGAGCUCGUGGAUCCGGCCGUGCUGCGGCCCGGCCGCGUCGACAAGCUGCUCUACGUGCCUUUACCAUCCCCGGACGACCGCGUGGCCAUCCUGAAGGCGGCGACGCGCCGGGCGACUCUAUCUGAAGACGUCGACCUUGACAUAAUCGGCCGCGACGCGCGCGCGGAGGGCUUCUCCGGCGCGGACCUCGCGGCGGUCGUGCGCGACGCGGGCCUCGCGGCGCUGGACGCGGGCGCGGCGGCGCUGACGCAGGCGAACUUCGUCGGGGCGCUGGGGCGCGUCGCGCCGUCGGUGUCGCGAGCGGACGCCGAGGCGUACGCGGCGGCCGACGAACGGCUGCGGACGCGGGGGAGGCGGUCGUAG